AUGUCGCACAAAACAUGGCUUGUAACCGGCGCCUCAUCGGGGCUGGGCACAGCCAUCACCGAGUCAGCCCUACGAGCUGGACACAAAGUUCUCGCAACAGCCCGGAACCCAGCCAAAGCCGCAGCAGCGAAUCCGCUAAUCGCAGAACUGGGAGGCAUCUGGAUCAGCCUGGAUGUGACACAACCAGAAACGACACGUUACGUGGAACGUGCAAUCCGCGAAAAUGGCGGCUCAAUCGAUGUCCUUGUCAAUAAUGCUGGGUACUCUCUUCUAGGCAGCAUCGAGGAUAUGAGCGAGGCCGAGAUUGAGGCGCAAUUUAGUACGAACCUAUUCGGCCCGAUUCGCGUGUUGAAGGGAGCAUUGCCUUUUAUGCGAAAGCAGAGGUCUGGGACGGUUGUCAAUGUUAGUAGCAGUGCUGGGUUUGACGCUUUUCCGGGAUGUGCGAUGUAUGCCGGGUCGAAGUUUGCACUAGAAGGCAUGUCGGAGAGUUUGGCCGGGGAACUGCAACCCUUUGGAAUUCGAGUUCUGAUCGCAGAGCCGGGCAUUUUCCGGACGAACUUCUUGUCGGCCUUUGUUACACCCGAAGCUGGGAUGACUGAAGACUAUGAGGGAACAUCAAUCGAGGGAAUGCUCCAUGCCUUCAGGGCUAGUAAUGGGAACCAGCAAGGGGACCCUGUCAAGGCUGCAGCCAGGAUCCUCGAGGUUGUGAGUGGAACGGGGAUGGGUGUCGGGAAAGAGAACCUGCUUCGACUGCCGCUUGGCCCGGAUUGUUAUGAUCGCUUCCAGGCCAAGUGUGAUUCUCUGCAGGAGAAUUUGCUGCAGAUGAAGGAGAUCGCGUAUUCGACCAAUAUUGAUAUAUAG